CAGGAUGCUCUGCGCUGCUGUCAUGGCUGCCCCCGUGUACCUGUAUCCUCACAUGGGACGCUAGUCCUGUGGGUGUCUUGACGGUGCCCGUGGCCACCAGACGCCGGCGACCUUGGCCCCUCCUCCUCCUGCUUCCUCCUCCCCCGAGGGGCCCUCGCGGGACCCCGAGUUGGGUCCAGUGAUGCCGGGGGUGACGUGGACUCCGGAGCGGGCGCUGCUGAGGGGCUUCUCCACGGAGGCGGAGCGGCUGCUGUGCACGCGGGAGGGGCGCUGUGGCUCAGAUAUUGGAGUUUUCUUAGACUUGCUGUUGGAAGGGAGCUAUGAGGCCAUGUGCUUACAUUCAGUGACACAAAAUAUAUUCAGCUCCACAAUGAUGGCUGGAGAAAAGAUUGACAGCUACCUGGAGAAGCAGAUAGUAAAUUUCCUGGAUUGCUUUACGGAUUUGGAAGACAUUGGAAGGAGCUGGAGUCAUUUGGAAGAGGAAACACAAUUGAGAAAAUACCCACAAAGAUUGGCCUGUAGGACUGACGUUGACGUCAUCAGUGUCAUAGAAUUUCUUCACAGCCUGUUUGCUCUGGUGCCUGUUGGCCUUGCCGUCCCAUCGAGCACCCCUGACUUGUCGUCUGUCUCUUCAGGGCUGACUCAGUGGUCAGGGGACACGUGAUGACAGCACACUGGCCAGCCUUGUUGCUCCUGGAAAUGCUCUUGAGAAGGUUUUUGAGCCACUUCAAGAGCCUCGGGGUCUUGGGCUGGGAGGUGGGCGACUUAGGGAUCUUCUUUCGUGCUUGGUUGUGGACGCCGCUCAGCACUCACUGCCUUCUCUGUUUUCAGAGCCUUUGCUUGGGCUUUGGCAGUGGGAGGGCAGGAGCCCUUCUUCACUUUCAGCUCCGUCUUUCAAAAGCUAGAAGGUGAUUUCGAUUCAUUCGGAUGAUUUUAUUCUAUUUCUCUGUCCCGUGUUUAUCACAAUAAGCUACAUCAUUGUCAUUUUUAAAGUCUCUUAAGCAUCAGGCUUCCAAUGUUUAUUUAGAUUGUCUAAUGAUUCACCAAAUGAACCCCAAAUGGACUCCAUGUAUGCCAAGUAUUUUGUCUCCCAGAAAACAAGGAACAGGAGAGAAUGCUUAGAAAGUUCUUGAACCCUGAGGCAUUAAAGGAAAACUGGAAGGAAUUUUUAUGACCACAUUAAAGAAACAUGUGACAAAUACUUAUAACAAAUAAGAAAGGCGACAAGCUAAUAAUAGCUUUAUGAUACAAAGAGUUACCAUCUGCUAUAGGAAUGAAGGGGAACUGAGUGUAGAAUUCACGAGCACAUUCAAGUAAGGAUGAGAAUGUAGUUCAUGAUAGUGACACAUUUUAAAAUCCUUGUUGUCAGAACAGAAUAUUCAGUGUGUACCAAGUUGUUAGCCAGACAUUAAGUCCAAAAACUGAAGUUCUGCAUCCAUUAGCCAAAAUAAGUUCAGAUGGACAAAACAUUUAAAUUGGAAUUCUAAACAGAAUGAUACUGUAGGUGAGUGUAGACGUGGGAAUUAGGCAGCCUGAGUUUGUCCCGCCUCUCUCUGACUCACUGGCCAUGUGGCCUUGGGCAGGUUAGUUAACCACUUCAUGCCUCAGUUCAUGAGACAGGGAUGAAACGGCAGCCGCCUCACAGGAGGGACAGUUGUGAGGAUCAAAUGUGUUAGUACACGUGAUGGGUGUGGCCUGGUGCCUGGUGCAUGCAAGUGCAUUUAAAAAUAGUUGUCACCAUUGUCAAACAGGUAAAACUGUAAAAGCAUUACAGGAAAAUUUGGUAGAUAUUUUUAUGAGCUUGGGAGUGGGGGGAAGACUUAUAAUCAUGAAAUCAUAGAAGAUGAAGAGCUUUAUCAUUUAAAACUUCUGCACAUGGGGAAGAACUUCUGAUCAGUGAGUGAAGUAAGGGGUCACCAACCAUGGGGGGACAGGCUAUGAGGGUGACAUUGUUUUGUGACUUCCUGCACUGAAGCCAAGCCUGGCCAGGUGAGUGCCUGGGAAGAGCUUAUUUGAAUGUUUUACACAUUGUCUUGGUUCUUUUUAGAGCUGCUGUAACAAAUUUCAACAAA